GUUAACCCUGAGAGUCAGCCAGGGAUCAGAACCCAGACAUCCUGGGAGCCACUGUGGAGCCUCCACAUGCUGUGUGAUCUCGGGCAAAUCGCUUUCCCUCUCUUCCCUUGCAGGAUGAGAGGGUGACACUCACCUCUCAGAGCUGGAUGGGAGCUUCCAGAGGGUGGAAAGGAGUGAGAAAUGACAGCUGGCCCCGGUGGACAUGGUGAAGAAGCUGGUGAUGGCUCAGAAGCGGGGAGAGACCCGAGCCCUGUGCCUGGGUGUGGCCAUGGUGGUGUGUGCGGUGAUCACCUACUACAUCCUCUGCACCACCAUGCUGCCCCUCUACCAGAGGAGCGUGUGGACCCAGGAGUCCACCUGCCACCUGAUUGAGACUGACAUCAGGCACCAGGAGGAGCUGGAGGGCAGGAAGGUGUCCCCGUACCCGUGCCUGUGGGUCAACGUCUCGGCUGUGGGCAAGUGGGCCGUGCUGUACCACACGGAGGACACUCGGAGCCAGAACCAGCAGUGCUCCUACAUCCCGGACAGCCUGGACAACUACCAGAUGGCCCGCGCCGACGUGGAGAAGGUCAGGGCCAAUUUCCACAAGCACCAGGUUUUCUACUGCUUCUCCACGACCCAGGAGAACGAGACGAGUGUCCUGUACCAGCGUCUCUACGGGCCACAGACCCUCCUCUUCUCCCUCUUCUGGCCCACCUUCCUGCUGACCGGUGGCCUCCUUGUGAUUGCCAUGGUGAAGCUUAACCGGUCCCUCUCCAUCCUGGCAGCCCAGAGGUAGACGGGCCUAUGCCACAUGGCCACGCAGGCCACAGGAUACGGGGCAGCCCCCCUGGGCUCACCCUUUUGCACAACAUCCCUCCUGCCCUCCCUCCCCCCCCAGCCCCUCCGUCUUCCAUGCCGAGGGACCUGGGGACAUUCCUCUGUUAAGCCACCUCUCAAGAAUGUGCCAUGCCCCCUUGGUGCCCUGAGGACCCGAGGCCAGCCAGCUCUCCAUUCCUCAGGGGCCCAUACCUGUCUCCUGCUGUGUCACUGUUAACCAAGUGACAGGAUGGUCCUUUCUGUGCCCAAGCUCUCCUGGUUGGCUCAGAGGCCUGCCUGUCUCCCCCCAGGAAGUGCCCAGCAAACCUCGGGGAAAAAAAAGCAGCCCCCAAAUACAGAGCGCGGUUAGUAGGUGGCUUCUUGUCUUCUAGGAGACAAGCCUUAUAUGCAUCUUUUUAUUCCAAUACUUAAAAAUACUGUUGUGCCUUGAUACGCAUGUGGGGUCAGCCCCAAGACCCUCUUCAGAUGCCAAAGUCUGCGAUGCCCAGGUCCCUUGCAGAAAGCCUUGUCGUGUCAAGGAAGCCCCUGUGCCCUUCCCCAGGGGCUAGACCAUCCCCGAUGACUCACGGUACCUGGGACGCAGAGAGGCCCUGUGAACAGCUGGGAGACUGCAGCGUUUAGGGAAUGGCGACAAGAAAACAGUCCGUGUGCAGUAGAGAUGCAAUUUUUUUCUCAAAACAGCUUCAAUCUGCAGUUGAUGGAGUCCACUGGGGCGGAACCUCCACCCGAGGGCGGAUUCACACAGAACAAGAGGCGACAGGAAAUAAAACAAAGGCGACUAUCAGCAGGGCAUGGUGGUGGGUCCAUCUCCUGCCUGUUCCCCUUUUUGUCUGAGGGGCUUUUCUCAAGUGUGGACAGUACUAAGA